AGUGUUUACAGCACUAACACAAGAACUUGUUGGAUGAUUAUGAGAUACCUAUGUCCUCCUGUGUAUAAAGAGAUUCGCUACUGGACAUUUGUCUUAAAUAGAAUUGUUGACUAAUUUUGCUGUCUGUGUGUGCAUAAUUGACAUUUUGGAGUUCUACAUUAAAUUGUCAGCAACUAGACUUCAACUACCUGUACUGUAAAGAAGAAUCUAAUCCGUGAAGUUGACUUGUUUUAGGUGACAGCGAGGCUUGGUGUGGUUGUCGGUUUGGCGCAUGAAGAGUUAGACAUAAGUUGAAUUCAUCACCAGUACCACUGUCACUACAUCGCUGUAAACCAACUUAAGAAUAUGGCUGCCAAGUACCAGUCGACCAAGGAAACUGUUAACUUUGCCCGAAUUUGUAGACUGAUGAUUGAUGUCGUCCCAGAUGUCUUCAGAGAAUUACUCCACUCUCGUCUGCCAACCUCAGGACUUGGCCCUGUUCUUGGGAACCAGAAGGGACAGAUCUUCUCUUUGUUGAAUAACCAGCAGAAGAAGAUCCUGUUCCCCAAAGGUGGAGUGUUUGCAGGGUCAUUGCAAGAUUUAGAUACAUCUCUUAUCUAUAUCCUGCUUAGGAACCUUGGAAACAUUCCACCUCACAAGAACGGUUGGGGGAGAGUUCCAGAUGUGGCAGACAGAUCGCUUUCGGCCAACAUUGACCGUCUGCGAGUUCAGCGUAAUGAAGCUUACGCACAUGCAAACACUGCCUCCAUUUCUGAUGGAGAUUUCAAAAUCAGAUGGGCCGACAUCAGGAAAAGUGUUGAAGACAUAGAGAAUACUGUAUUGACAAGUAUGGCAUUUGUAGCAAAGGUGGACAGCAUACUGUCCAUGAGGAUUGACCCACAGACAGAGCAAAAUUUUAUUGUUCUUGUGCAGAAACUUGAAGGGGAAAUCGGUGACAUCAAAGUCCAACAGGACACGAUGAAGACAGAUGUGGAGGAUGUAAAAGGGGAAAUCGGUGACAUCAAAGUCCAACAGGACACGAUGAAGACAGAUGUGGAGGGUGUAAAGGGGGCAGUCAGUGAUGUCACAGCCCUACAUAACACGACGACAAGAGAUGUGGGUGAAAUAAAAGGGGCAGUCAGUGAUGUCACAGCCCGACUUGACAUGACGGUGGUUGAAAUAAAAGGGGCAGUCAGUGAUGUCACAGCCCGACAUGACACGACUGCUAGAGAUGUGGAUGAAAUAAAAGGGGCAGUCAGUGAUGUCACAGCCCGACAUGACACGACGGGCAGUCAGUGAUGUCACAGCCCGACAUGACACGACGGCUAGAGAUGUGGAUGAAAUAAAAGGGGAAAUCGGUGACAUCAAAGUCCAACAGGACACGAUGAAGACAGAUGUGGAGGGUGUAAAGGGGGAAAUCGGUGACAUCAAAGUCCAACAGGACACGAUGAAGACAGAUGUGGAGGGUGUAAAGGGGGCAGUCAGUGAUGUCACAGGCCGACUUGACAUGACGGUGGAUGAAAUAAAAGGGGCAGUCAGUGAUGUCACAGCCCGACUUGACAUGACGGUGGAUGAAAUAAAAGGGGCAGUCAGUGAUGUCACAGCCCGACAUGACAUGACAGCAAGAGAUGUGGAUGAAAUAAAAGGGGCAGUCAGUGAUGUCACAGCCCGACAUAACACGACGGCAAGAGAUGUGGAUGAAAUAAAAGGGGCAGUCAGUGAUGUCACAGCCCGACAUGACACGACAGCAAGAGAUGUGGAUGAAAUAAAAGCGGAAGUCAGUGAUGUUAAGAACAGACAAGACACCAUAGCAAAAGAUGUGGAUACCUUAAAGGAAAGGAAUUCUAAGCUGACGGCCAUGAUUGAAACAACAAAAAUUAAGAUAAAGAGAGAUAGACUAAAUUACCAGUUUAUUGCCACCAAAAAUUUCCAUGAAGCUCAGAAAAAACUGAAGAACAGGAUGGUUAUAAUCAAGGGAAACACAGGAGAUGGGAAGUCGUCUAUUGCCAUUGAACUUCUCCGUUUCCUGUGCUGUGAUGAGGAGGGCCAACAGAAACAGCCACUGGAACUACACGACAUCAAGGACGUGGAUUUGGUGGCACCAAAGUCUGGAUUAGUUAUCUAUUUCGAUGAUAUUUUUGGCAAGAAUGUUGUGUGUAAAGGAGAUGUAGAUGAAUGGGAGAAAAGAGAAGAAUGUAUUCUUUCAAAACUGUGUGAAAGUGAGAAAUCUGAGGGCAAUAUCCUUGUCAUGACCAUCCGUAGUGAAAUUUUAAAUUCUUUAGAUAGUUCUUUUUCGAAAAAUAUAUUCACUGAAGAGAACAUUGUUGAUCUCAGUGAAAACAAAGAUGAAGAAGAAAAACGGAAAUUAUUAAGGUUGUAUAUGCCAUUAGUUAAAUUUGAUAAAUGGACAGAUGAUGAAGAGAAAGAGAUCUUCAAGUUAUGUCCUGACAUUGGGUUUCCCCAAUGUUGUAGAUUAUUCAGGGACACACCUACUUUGCAAGCAGAAAGGAUCAACUUCUUUAGAAGACCUUUUCAUUUUGUGAAAUCUUGUUUAGAUAAAUUAAAGGAUGGAAAAUUUUAUGGGCUGCUGUAUCUGUUCCUCAAUGGAGGCAAAGUGAUAGAAAAUGAUUUAGACCCUUCUAACGAAAAUGUUGAUAAAACAUUGUUAGAAGCAGCAUUUGCUGUUGAUGUAGUCAAAGUUGAUCCAACAAAUGAACUUGUUUACAACAAGGGGAGGAAAGCUGAAUUUGUGAAGGAGUCGUUAGAAAGUCUGUUGGGUUCUCUGGUAAAAAAAGAAGGCGGAUUUUAUCCUUGUUACAAAUUCAACCACGACUCCAUUGAGGAAACAGUGGCACUUCUGUAUGGAGAGAAAACUCCCAUUGGCUACAUACAGAAUUGUCCCAGCAAGUUAUUCAGUUAUAUAACUACGACAAAAAACACCCCAAACAGGAUAGUUAUAUCAUCUGAUGAUCAAACCAAUGCCAUGUAUAAACGUACCGUCAAAGAGAUGAAAGAGUGUAAAUCUGUUGAUCCUAAAAGGUACAGGUGUUCUAGUGUGUGGAACUAUUUAGUUAAAUUAGAUGUAUGGACAGAUUGCCAGUUUCUACAGGGAUUUGUCACAUACCUAAGUGAUCAGAAAGUUGACAACAGUUUGUGCCACGAGAUAAAACAUGACUUGUUUAAUCAGGCAUGCUCUACUGGUUCAGCUGAAUGUGCUUUGUUUCUCCUGUCUAAAGAUGUUAAACCUGACAAGAAGACACCAUUUCGUGUGGUGAAGGGUGGGAGUGUACAACUACUGACUGAACUACUUAAGUGUAAAGUCAUCACUCCUACAGCGAGGGCAGACUGGUCACGAUCAUCAAAUAUACAUUAUAGUAGAGAUAUCAAUGUCCUACACGAGGCGUGUUUGUUUGAGAGAGAAGAUAUGGUGCAAAUAUUGUGUGACACUUACCCAGACUUGGUACAUGAGACUGAUCAAUAUAGACAAAGCACGCUCCAUUUUGUGGCACGGACAGGAAACUGUGGUAUAUUUCAGACAGUGGAGAGAUUGAUACUUAAAUCAUUGUAUAGAGAUAAAGUACAAGAUAAGUGUGAGAUAGAAGAUGGUCAUGUUGUACAUAGGAGUUGUGUGUGUGGACAGUACAUGUCACAGUUAGUGGACUGGGAAGGGUAUACAAUAUUACAUGUUAGUUGUAAGAUGGGACACAGGGAGCUUAGUUUAGAGCUGUGUAAGUUAUACCCAGCACUAACUACAGCUGUAGAUAACCGUGGGUAUAAUUGUCUACAUCACAUAGCCAUUGGGACAUCAGAUGUAGACAUGUUCACUGAGUGUGAACGUCACGUAAAACAGUACGUAGAGACAACAGGAGGUAAGUAUGACAUCACGACCAUACUUACUAAUGACGGGAAAUCUGUUUUAGACCUGGCAAAGGAACAGACAGAGAGGGAGAGAAAGUGGAGGAAGUUAGAUAACAACCCUUUGUAUGACCAUCAUAACAUGAUGUAGAACCAAACAAAGGGAAAGUUUAGGAAAACUUUGUAUCCUCGUCGCUGUUAAAAAACAGUGUCACACUUUAGAAAAUAGUGUCACAGUGACAGUUAAACAAUGUCAGUUAGAAUUAUAAUUGGAUGAACACUUGAAAUGUUGAACAAAAGCAAAGUGUUCUAAAGAAAAUAUAAACAUAUUAUAUCGAUGUGAUGAUAUGUGUUGGUAAUGUCAAGGAAUUGUCAGGUUGUAACUCGUACACAGAAUGUAUGAAUGUUGUCAGAAUGAAUCUGUUUACAAAGGUCGGCAGUUAUAGAAGUUUUCAUCGUCAUUGUUUACUGAAUAAAGUACUAAAUAUUCACACUUCUGUACAUUGACUUGUGUGGCAUGAUGUAGAGCCAAACAGAGAUAAAAUUGAGGAGACAUUUUUACUCUCGUCACAAUUUACAAAAUGUAAAACAAAAGUCGGCAGUUGUAGAAAGUUUUCUUCGCCGAUAGGGGGUGUCCUAGGAGAAAUAUUUCAGCAGUUAUAAAUAAGCUAUCUCUUUUAUUAGCCCACCAUCAUUAGAUGGUGGGCUAUUCAAAUCGCCCUGCGUCCGUGGUCCGUCGUCCGUCCGUCCGUCCGU